UCAAUUCAGGAUAUUUCGCUCAAGGGGCGGUGCGGUUUAUGGUGACAUCAUGUAUAUUUUAUCCAAUACAAAUCUACGUCCGAAAAAGUGUCAAACGAAUAGGCGCACGCGACUAUACUAAUUGUUCAUGUUCUAUCGGAUUUCCUUUCGUAUUAUCCCGAAUAUACUACGGAGCAAUUUCAUGUGCAAGGUUGAUUUUAUCCCAAUCGAGGAGACCUCUAAGAAGCCGUAACGGAUAUAAGUUCGAAAUGAUAUGAUUAUUGAAGCAGUAUGUAUAUUACUGAAGCUUAACCUAUGUUUGUUACAAGCUUAACCUAUGCAUGUUACUGUACUUGUUUCAACGGAAGGAGUUCUUCCGCUUUUCUGAUAUAGCUAUUGUGUGAACUUACUUGAUAUUAUUGUCACUAUACAACAUUGUCAGACCUACCACAUGUUCAGUCAAUAUGUACGGCAUCAUUAUAGAAAAUAUGUGUGAGAGAAUAAAAUCUAACUACGGGGAGGAGGUGUGGUUGAAAAUUCGCGAUCGAGCCCGAAUAUGUGAAUACAUGUUUGUAACUCAUCGGGUCUAUAGUGAAAAAAUAGUUCCACGUUUGGCUCGCGUAGCCUCCGAAGUUAUAGGCUGCACCGAAGAGGAGUUUAUGGACAUGGUAGGGCAUUCUUUCGUUGAAUUUGUUAGCAGGUAUGAGUAUGGACCACUGUUGAGGUGUCUAGGACGAAAUCUCGGAGAUUUUGUCAACGGUUUAGACAAUCUACAUGAAUAUAUGCGAUUUAGCUAUCCUAAAUUAAAACCUCCUAGCUUCUUCUGUACAGAAGAAACUUCGUCUGGACUUACUCUGCACUAUCGGACAAGAAGACAGGGGUACAUGUACUACGUGGUGGGUCAGUUAAAAGAAGUUGGACGUCGAUUCUAUGAUGUAGAUGUGGAUGUUAAAGUUUUAAAAAAGUGCACAAACAAUAAUACUUUCAAUGUAAUUUUUCGACUGACAUUCGACAACAAGGAAUUCUGUGAACCUUUGGAUCAUGCGUUCGAAAAAGGAAUUCGAGCGUCUGUACGAUCUAGUCUACUGUUGGAUCUAUUCCCGUUUCAUAUUGUUUUCAAUUCAAAAAUGAUAAUUGAUUGUACAGGGAAUGUACUUAACAGCGUUCUGCCGAAUCUGGUUGACGAACCAUUGGAUCAUCAUUUUACACUAAUUCGACCGAUAGCAAACUUAACAUGGGAUGCGAUUUCGACGCACACGAACAAUGUCUUCGAACUGUGUUCAAAAGCCUUAGUUGGUAAACCUUUACCGGUGAGAUACAAUGGAGUGGAUCAUUCACAUGAUAGGAUAUUGCCAGAAAAUACAAGUACGAACGUCAGCCGUGCGGAUAACAGCAGUUUCCAUGGGGAUGAUAUGUUUGACUGCACAUCUUCUGACGAUGAUUGCCACGAGAAUGAGACGAGACGGUACCCAAUACGUUUAAAGGGUCAAAUGAUGUUGAUCAGUGAAUGGAAUUCCUUUAUCUUUUUAUGCACACCGAUUAUGAUGGCAAUUUCUGACUUGGAUCGGUUAGGAUUGUACAUCAACGACCUCAGCAUGCACGACUCAAGCAGAGACCUUUUGUUGGCGGGCUCACAACAAUCAGCUGAACUCAAAUUAGCACUAGAUCAGGAGCAAAUAAAAAGCGCAGAGCUUGAGAAUAGCAUGCGCAAACUCGACAUGGAGAUUAAGAAGACCGAUUCGCUUUUGUACCAGAUGAUUCCUAGAACGGUGGCAGACAAGCUGAGAAGAGGAGAACCAGCAACCAGUACGUGCGAGAUAUUCCACGAGGUGACGAUCCUGUUUAGUGAUGUAGUUGGGUUCACGCGUAUCUGUUCCAAAAUCACGCCAAUGGCGGUUGUGGCAAUGCUCAAUGAUAUGUAUACAACAUUUGAUCAUUUAAGUGAAUGCAACAAUGUUUAUAAGGUUGAAACGAUCGGUGACGCGUACAUGGUCGUGUCUGGCGCCCCGAAUCCUACACGUUACCACGCGUUACUCGUGGCUGAGAUGGCCCUGGCGAUGCAGAGCAGCAUGCACAAACUCCACGAUCCGUCUGACGGCGGAAAUAUGAAAAUACGAAUAGGCCUACACACCGGUACCGUUGUGGCUGGCGUUGUUGGUAUGAAGAUGCCACGCUACUGUCUGUUUGGUGACGCAGUCAACACGGCAUCUCGAAUGGAAUCCACUGGUGAGUCGUGCAAAAUACACGUUAGUGAAGUGACACAUAAAUUCCUAGAAGGAUGGCCUUACGUGUGUGAGAAACGAGGAGUGACACACAUAAAGGGUAAAGGCAGCAUGGUUACAUACUGGCUGAAGGGAAGGACAACACGACAUCCACCGAAGGAAGUUGCCGAGCUGUGUCCAUCCUACUGUCUUUUACCAGUUAGUGAACAUCGAAACAGGAGCAACUCCUCCGGAGCUUCUUCUGAUGUAUCGCGUCCCAAUAGCAGAUACGAACAUCGGAGAGAAAGCGAUAGCUCCGUUCAUCUAGGUAUAAUGGGAUAUCAACCUGUGAAAGGCAUAUCUGACGUAGAAAGUGGAUGGACCUGGCGACCGCCGAAUGCUGAAGCAGACCAGAACAGCUCUCUGACAGUCCCCGAGCCGGAACACCACCGCUCUGAAAAUUCAUUACCUACCAGUUUAAGUUGUCCACAAAUUGACACAUCAAUGACAUGUUUAUCAAUUCAAGACGGCGAGCAGGCAUGUCUUGUUAAUUCUGUUGUAGACACCAAGACUUAGGUUGAUGUACGAAGUAGAAUAUUAACCGCAGCAAUAUCUUACAAGAUGAUUGGUGGCAUCACUAUCAGUACCAUGAAAGCUCGAGGAGCAAGAGGAUGGCAUGGGCAUCAGCCUACUCAGAAUAAAGCCUAUAGCCAAAGCGCGAUUCAGGUGUCACCCUUACCCUGUAUCCUCUACUGGAUGUUGAUCGAUCGCCGUAGUAGUCACCAGGGGUGGCGCCAAUAGGGGAAAGGAUCCCGUCGGAAAGAGCUUUCCUUACUUCCCCUCUCUCAACCCGUCGGGGAGAAAAAUAGUCUACAGUUUGUGGAAAUCUUAAAUAAGCCGUUCAAAUCAGCUAAGGCUGCCUUGAAAUAAUAGUGCAAGCAUGAUGUUUGUGAACGACUGUAUCCCUUCAUUUUAUGAAUAUUGGAGAAAUUCGAUACACAGUUUUAUCCGUAGAAUUUCUGAUAGCACGAAUGUUUUAAUUGAAGCAAUUAAUAAUGUGCUUCCUAAAUCCAGCAUGUACCAGAGAUGGUGUAAAUUAAUAUAUUAGCUUGUUGGUGAAAAGUUUCGGAUAUAUUUAUUAUUUUUUGUAUGUUGUGUUAGAUAUAUAGUAUAUGGAUUUGAUAUCUGAAAUAAAGAAUGAAAUGAUACAAAAAAAAAAUCCCUAAAUUUUGGUACUGGGCAGCCAAUGACCACGCCCACUUAAGGCUCUGGUAGGAAACCUGGCGUCAUUCCUGGCAGGCACAGUUAAUGUGCUGUUCAGAUAUAUUGUAGAUGGACGAUCGAUAGUAGCACCCGUUAGCAAGGGCGGAUUUAGGGGGGCGGCCCGGCCCCCCUUUUGGGAAGUAAAAACAGAAAAAAAAAAAAAAAAGGGAAAAAGAAAAAAAUAAUAGCCCAGAAUGUUUCAAAUGCUACGUUCGGGCGUCUAGAACACAAAAAUUUCGCGGGGGCAUGCCCCCGGACCCCCUACGACAGUGUUGUCUCAAUCGGCCCAACUCCCGGCCCCCUUCCGGUCCCCUUUUGGACAUUUCUGGAUCCGCCCCUGGUUAGUAAAGAUAACCAAUGCGCACAAUAUACGUGUGGAAACACGUGACACAAAAAUUGUUAGGGUUGGGCGGUGGUGGAGGAAAUCACGACCUACGACGUAAUUUUAUGUAUUUAUUUACUUUUUAAACUUUUAUAAGAUCAGUAUUUUAUAACAAUUAUUUAUCUUUUCAUUAUUUAACCCAGAUAUAUUGAAUUGUGUGUUGUCUGUGCGCAUAUUUAUUGGAUACAGAGUACAAUACAGAUACCUCUACAUCUAUUUAUUUAUUUGUAUUAUUAUGGUAUAAUGUUAAUAAAUAGGCCUAUCAUUAUCGUCUUCAUCACCGUUCAUCAUCAUGAAAACCACCACCACCGCCGUCAUCAUCGUCACCAUCACCACUACUAUCAUCACCACCACCACCAUUACUAUCACGGUUGUGAAGCUUUUUUUUCAGUAUAAUACAUUGAUGAAUUGUUAAGUGUUGUCUGCCUAUAGUUGGUUUUUAAAUCGUUAAUCGUGAGUAGUAAUUAUUACAAUUUUCGAUGUUAAGUUAAUAGAUUUAUUUAAUAUAACUUCCAUACAGUAUGAUAUCACAAGUUAAUAUUACCUAACUGUAAUACAUUUAUAAAUGAGUUAUUUAAGACCUUUUUUUUUAUCUAUGGGACUUAACAAAACUAUUGAAAUACAGCCGAUGCUA